AUGGCCACAAUUUCGAGUACUCUCCAGCUAAGUUGCUUCUUAUCAAGACCCACUAAUUCUUCUUCAACUUGGUCUACUGCAUAUUUCUCCAAGCUCAAUUCUAAGUUUCUGGGUAGCCCAAGAACGAAAACUCUAGGAUGGUGCAGACCCAUGACAAGACUUGGUCCAAGCUCUGGUUCAAGAACCACGUGCUGGUUCAAGUUUGGCAAAAAUGGCGUUGAUGCUGAAGGUGCUGGAAUUUACGGUAGCCAGACCCGUGAUGAUUUUGACCGUGACGAUGUUGAACAGUACUUCAAUUACAUGGGAAUGCUAGCUGUGGAAGGUACAUAUGAUAAGAUGGAGGCUCUUUUGAACCAAAACAUCCACCCAGUCGACAUCUUGCUGAUGAUGGCAGCCUCAGAGGGUGACAAGCCGAAGAUUGAAGAACUGCUAAGAGCUGGAGCUGAUUACACUGUCAAAGAUUCAGAAGGUCGGAGUGCCCUUGAAAAGGCAGCAAGUGAUGAAAUCAAGGACUUCAUUCUUGGAUUUUCAGUUCAAAGGGCAUAA